AACACGUUUGUAAUGGAUGAGCAAAAGAUUUCGGUGAACUUGAGAAAUGAAGAGUUAAACGAAGAAAUAAAGACUCUCAUCUCUUCACUUCCUUCAGACAAAGAUUCCAGUGGAAAAGAUGUUUCUAAGUACCAAGGAUGUUGGUAUACUCACCAUGCUCUACAAGCUGUCCUCAGUUUCCAAAAAAACUUCAAGCCUCAAGACACCGAUGUCAUCGUUGCUUCGUUCCCUAAAUGUGGUACGACUUGGCUCAAAGCACUUACAUUCGCACUCCUUCAUAGAUCAAAAUACUCUUCUCUUCAUGAUCAUCAUCAUCAUCCUCUUCUUUCUGAUAACCCGCACGUUCUUGUACCCUAUCUUGAGAUGAAUCUCUAUUACUAUAGCGAAAAACCGGACCUAACCAAGUACUCAUCGUCUCCAAGGCUGUUUUCGACACACAUGCCGUUACAUGCGCUGCAAGAAGGUCUCAAAGAUUCCACUUGUAAAAUUGUGUAUAUGUGCAGGAACGUGAAAGACACUUUGGUUUCAUAUUGGCACUUCUUUUGUAAGAAACAAAUUAACGAUGAAGUAAUAAGUAGUUUCGAGGAUACGUUUGAGUCUUUUUGUAGGGGAGUCAGCCUUUUUGGACCUUUUUGGGAUCAAGUCUUAAGCUACUGGAGAGGAAGCUUAGAAGAUCCCAAUCAUGUGCUUUUUAUGAAGUAUGAGGAGAUGAAAGCAGAACCUCGUGAGCAGAUCAAGAGACUUGCUGAUUUCUUAGGUUGUCCUUUUACUAAGGAAGAAGAAGAGAGUGGAUCGAUGGAUGAGAUUAUAGACCUUUGCUCUCUACGUAAUCUGAGCAGUUUGGAGAUCAACAAGACCGGAAAAUUAUACAAUGGUAGAGAUAACAAAACAUUUUUCCGUAAAGGAGAAGUCGGUGAUUGGAAGAAUUACUUGACUCCUGGCAUGGAGAACAAAAUAGACAUGAUCAUUCAAGAGAAACUUCAAAAUUCUGGUUUGAUAUUGUGAGUAUGUUCUUUUCUCCCAUGCAUAUUGUAAUAAAUACUACAUUAUGUUGUUGUUUAUGUUCCUUUGAUGUAAAUGACUCUAUAACGGAGAUAACACUUCGUAAUGUUGUUGUUAUGUUUUUCUUUAUGCUUUCGAUCUUACUUUUUAUUUUGCAUAUUGGCUAUUGCCUAAUGUAAUGUAUCUCAUCUUUACCGAUA